UCAUGCAUGUUGUAUACUUUUGUUAGAUAAAAAUGAAUUCUGGCUUGUAACAUGGCUACGGACAAAGUAAAAAAAAUAUUCAAAGACGUCAAAUACUUUUUGGUUGAAGAAAACGAUUCUCUGAAGCAAAUUCUUAAGGAAGGCGGUGCUCAUCGGGAGUAUUAUGUGACUCAAUUAGUCAAUUUUGUUAUAUCUGAUACAUGUAAUUUUCCUCAAUAUGAUCAAGCUGUUGAUUUCAAAAUUCCAAUCGUAACAACCAACUGGAUACAUAUGUCUAUCAAGUGUGAGACGUUGUUGCCAUACCGUCCUUUUUCAAAAAUCAAAGAUGGUUUAUUUAGUACCAUUGUGGCUUGUCCAUCUCAAAUACCAACUGUCGAGAGAGACCCUCUGCUAGCUAUGAUUAUUUAUUAUGGUGGUAGAUACAAAACAAACUUGAAUGCCAGUUGUACUCAUCUUAUUGUUGGCAAACCAGUUGGUCGGAAAUAUGAAUUUGCUUCAAAGUUUCAACCGCAAAUAAAAAUUGUAACGUCAGAAUGGGUUGUAGACAGCAUUUCUGCUAACCGCCUUCUUCCCGAGGCUGAAUAUGAACCCGUCAGUGGUGGUUCUCCACAACGAAGUCCUCUGAAGCCAUUCAGUCCAUCUGGAAAUGUGCAAAUGACUCCUGAAAUUAUGAAUUCAACUGCUAGCACAUUCAUGACACCUGUUACACCAAAUAACAAUGAGUUACCAAAAGGUGACAAGAAAAUGCUGUCAGAAAACAAAGAAAAUAAUGGAAUUGGUGGUUCAGAUGUAUCAGGAACAGCUGACUUGUUGAAAGGAUUUGUCAUUCUUUUUUCUGGAUACGAAGAACGUUUACCACCAGACACGUUUGCCAUAUGGGAAGAGGUUAUUAAAAAGUCCUCAGGAAUCAUUCGAGAAUCUUACACAUCAGAUGUUACACAUCUAAUCUGUUUGCAUCAACAAAGUGCUCUAUUUAAAAAGGCACUUCAAGAUAGGAAGAAAAUUGCGACUGCAUAUUGGUUGAACGAUAUUCUUGUAGCAAAGAAGUAUUUUCCUCCACGGACACCACUUCAUUUACCUGUCCCAUUCACGGAUACUAUACCAGGGAUGAAGAAUUCGCUUAUGACAGUAAGCGGUUAUGAUGGGCGUGAACGUGUUCUCAUUAAGCACAUGAUUAAUUUUCUCGGAGCACAGUACACUGGACAUAUGGCUCGAGCACAUACGCAAGUUAUAUGUAAAGCUCCGAGUGGAGAAAAAUACAAGAAAGCCAUUGAAUGGGGUAUACCCGUGACCAGUCCAAAAUGGUUAGGCGACAUGAUACAGACUGGUCAAGCGUUCCCAUGUAAAGGAAAAUCUAAAUAUGCUGUCCUUAAUACACCUGAUGAACUUGGAUUAAACCCAACCUUUUCAACACAUAUCACUGAUAUUUGGAAUGAAGAUUUUUCUGGGGAACAAUUGUUGACAUCAGGAAAGAGAAAACUGUCCGAAAUUCAAGAUGGGGAAAGCAAUGAAUUACAACCUACUGAGAAACAAAGAAAACUGAAUUUUCCUCCACACGUGAAGAGAGUUUUAUUUACUGGUUUAACAGGAGCGACAGUACAUCGUCUUCGUCAGAAUGUAUUGAAACUGAAAGGCGAGUUGGCCAAGGGUGUUAAUGAUUGCACCCAUCUUGUUGCACCGAAGAUCACUCGAACGGUGAAGUUUUUAUCGGCUGUUUCUAUUUGCAAGUUUCUUGUAGCUCCUGCUUGGGUAGACGAGUCAUUUGAGGCGAGGAACUUUUUAGAGGAAACGAACUACACUUUGGUUGAUCCAGAGUCUGAAGAUUUGUUUGGUUUCAAACUAACAAGAUCUUUACAACGUGCACAAACAAGACAGGUUUGCAAGGGUCUUCAUUUCCACGUGACUCCCUCCAUCUUACCUGCUCCGAAUGCAAUGAAAGAAAUUAUCGAGUGUGCUGGAGGAAAGAUGACGGAGGUGAAGACAGUAGAGGAUAUAAAAAAUAUAUUUUUGGUGAACGUUCUGAAGGACCAGACGUACAACAGCUACCUCGUUUCUUGCAUGGACGAUAAAAAAUUAUGGAAUGAUGUCGUAAAAGAAGGAUACGAUGUUUACAACGUGGAAUUAAUCUUAUCAGGAGUAAUGAAGCAAGAACUCGAAUGGAAUCUAUAUCUUUUCAAUUGACUCAAUGUAGGUCAGAAUGAAUAGGUUAAUGUACGUUAGAACUUAAUAGAGAUCUCUCACUAAUUUUUAAGCCUUUGUUUAUUAACAAAGUAUAUUUUUUUUGGCUAAUUGAAAUAUAACGACAUACAAAAAUAUUAAAAAAAAUGUUAAAAUCUAGCGGGAUAAUAUGUCUUUUUACGUUUUUUGCUUGUUUUUUUUUUAAAAAAAGUUUUUUAGCCAAAUUGUUCUAAGCAGGUAUAGUAACAAAUCAAACACGCGUAAUCAUCUUGCUGGCAAAUUUUUUGAGAUCCCUAUUUUAUUGUAAAAACUGACAGAUAAUAGAUGAAAAAACAUUAUCCUGGAACCUUAUUGAAAACUGAAGAUCAGAACACGUUCAAAUGUUUUACUGAAAUAGCAAACUCACCCUAAUUAUAUACACACGAUCAUAAACGCACUGCAAAAUCGACCACGUGCUUGCUAGCUUGCCAUUUCCAUCGUAAUGCUUUUUAUAAAAAAAUUGCAAUGGUGCUCCUUUGUUCAAAGAGUUUGUUGCUUUUUAUGGAGAAAGUAUCGCCUGUAUAUAUUGUGUUCAGAAUUUCCUAUCUUACGCUUUCAAAUUAUUUAUCUAACUAUCUUUAAAGUCUCACUUUGGGCACUCUCCCUCGUUUAAAGUUGAGAAAAAUUGUGCAAUCAAUCUGGCCAAACAUUUUAAAAAAUUGUAGAACGCGUGAAAACAAAGUACCUUUAUUUCCAGUUCUAGUAACUUUUAGAUCUUCAAAUUUUCAGGAUAAAACUUGUCCUGGACAUUAAAAUAAAUAAAAAUGUAUGUGUUAAUUUUUCUGAAAAGGGUGAUUAUGCGCCUAAAAGUAAAGAACGUGUGGUGGAGAGCGGAUGUUCGGUUGUUUUCCUUGACGUUUAGUUCUACGCAUCACUUGUAGUGUGGGCACGAAUUGCUGUGUAAACAAAACAAGCGAGAAGUGGCGUUUAUGAUUGUAAAUACGUAUUAAGACUCUUAUGGGUCAAAGACCAAUUAAGGGAAAUGAGCUAGCGUUUGCUGUCGAAUAUAUAAUAAGUUGUAGUAGCGAAAUGAUGGAUCAAUCUGGUGAAAACUUCGCAUGGCGGCGGAAUCGAGAGAUUCUUUAAAAGCUUUAUUCAACCUCGAAGCAAAUAGGACAUUUGUAAAAUGUCGUCAUCUUUUAUUAUAAUUUUAAAGUUGGAUUGUACAUAGCAGGUUAAUAUUUUGUAAUUGUAAAUGUUUUUCUUCAACUAGAAUGCUUGUCUUUGUUA